UGGGUCCUUUAGCCAACCCUUCCUCUCUUGUUCUCUUGCCAAACUCCAACUCGCAAGAAUCUCCUACUCUCUCCUUUCUUUUCUUUCCCACAUGUUGCCAGAUUUUAUUUUUCCCUCUUCUUCAUUUUUAUUGACAAACCAUUUCUUCGCUUUCUUCACUGUGCUCAACAAUGGCAGAAGCAAGACCUAUUUUGCCAUUGAAACAAGCUCUUUUUCUUGUUCUUUCUUUUCUUGCUCUUCUCCUCACUGUUGCUCUUCCUGGGGUUCAAUGUUUUCAAGAGAAGAAAGCCCUCAGCUUGCAGGAAUGGCAAUGGAAAUGGGAGGGUUAUACUUCAAGUUGUCUCUCCCAGAAUUCAAGAUGGGAGAAGGGAGUAGCCAUAUUGGAAAUGAAGCAUAGGGAUUCCUGCUCGGGCCAGAUUACUGACUGGAACAAGAAGCUACAAGAAAGUUUGAUUCUUGACAAUUUUCAAGUUCGGUCACUUCAAUCUCGAAUAAAAAAGAGUGUUCAUGGCAACAUUGAAGAUUCUGUACAUAGUCAAAUCCCAUUAGUUUCUGGUGUAAGACUUCAGACAUUGAACUACAUUGUUACAGUAGAAUUAGGUGGUCGAAACAUGACAGUGAUAGUAGACACAGGAAGUGAUUUAACAUGGGUUCAAUGUCAACCUUGCAGACUGUGUUAUAAUCAACAAGACCCUCUUUUCAACCCUUCAGUGUCCCCUUCGUACGAAACAGUUUUAUGUAAUUCAUCAAUUUGCCAAUCCCUCCAAUUUGCAACUGGGAAUUCAGGAGUCUGUGGGAGCAACCCACCAACCUGUAACUAUGUUGUUAACUAUGGUGAUGGUUCCUAUACCAGGGGUGAGCUAGGGACGGAGCAUCUCAAUUUAGGAACAACCCCUGAGGACAAUUUCAUAUUUGGAUGUGGCAGGAAUAAUAGAGGUCUCUUUGGAGGGGCUUCAGGUCUUAUGGGAUUUGGAAGGAGUGAUCUUUCAUUGAUUUCUCAGUCUUCUGCAAUAUUUGGAGGAAUUUUUUCCUAUUGUUUGCCGAAUACAGCUGCUGAUGCUUCAGGUUCAUUAGUCCUGGGUGAUAAUUUUUCAGUUUACAAGAAUACAACUCCCAUUUCUUAUACUAGAAUGAUUCCCAAUCCACAGCUACCUACCUUCUACUUUCUCAACUUAACUGGUAUUGGCAUUGGUGGGGUGGCUUUGCAAGCACCAGCCUUAGGUCAAGGUGGCAUACUGAUCGAUUCAGGGACCGUCAUUACCAGACUUCCUCCUUCAGUGUACAGGAUUCUGAAAGCAGUGUUUCUGAAACAAUUCUCUGGGUUUCCUUCUGCACCGUCUUUUUCAAUCUUGGAUACUUGUUUUAACCUUAACGGAUAUCAAGAAGUUGAUAUUCCGACAAUAAAGCUGCACUUUGAUGGAAAUGCUGAGCUGAAUGUUGAUGUAACUGGGAUUUUCUACUUCGUGAAGACUGACGCAUCUCAAGUUUGUUUGGCUCUUGCCAGUCUCUCAUUUGAAGAUGAUAUUCCUAUAAUAGGAAAUUAUCAGCAGAGAAACCAACGGGUUAUAUAUAAUACCAAGGAAUCCACGUUGGGAUUUGCUGCAGAAACUUGCAGUUUCAACUGAGCACAUGAUUUAAAAAGUAUUAGGCGUGUUGUUGUGAAUAUGUUUCUCUGAUGCAAUUGCCAAUAUCUUCUUCUGUUGGCAAAGAAGUAGUACAUCUGUAAUUUUCCUCAUUUCAUAUCACAUAUAAAUAGCUGUCUUAAUCCACUGGGGUAAGGUAUAGAAUACGUAAGAGCCCUUACCUAUUUCUUAAAA